AUGGGGUUGAAGCAAACGGACGUGGAACAUUGGAUCGAUCUGGACGAGACCUACUUAGACAAGUACAAAUUAAAAAAGAAGCUUUAUCGAGAGCACCGCGAGGAAGUUUUGGCGGUUCUCCCUGGCUGUGAUGAUGGAGCCUUUGAAGCUCUUGAGUUGCUCAAGAAUACGUUGGUGCGAAGGUACCCAACCAUGUUCCGUUUGCGUGAGGCUUGGAUCAUUGAGAACCUAGUCACUGGAGAGGUCUGGGACUUGCGUAGGGACGCGUCUACAUGGGAAAAGUAUCAUCCCUUGGAAGUUAUGGGCCUGCUUUCGACGGAGGACUUUUUCUUGCUCUACGUGGAUGAUGUAUCUGGAGAGACCACACUGCGAGCAGGCGCUGUUUGCUUCCCAGCGGGAUUCAAAAUUGAGGAACGGAUCGGUUUAAGCCUCUGGGGUAUCCACGCUGGCAAAGUUCCUCAAUACGAGAACAAGCUGGCGAAGUCCAUGGACCGCUUUUUCCAGCGUAUCAAGGUCGAAUCAGCUAUCUCCCGAUUCAACUACGCCAUCGAUGACUCUGAUGAGCUCUUUCACCGACACUCUCAUCACAAUCUGACUCUGGAGCAACUCGAAACACCCCCUAAGCUCGAGGACCUCCACCUACGAGUAGAGAGGCAAGUUCUACAGCGCCUUCCGAAGACCAGAGCUUUACUAUUCACUAUCCGCACCUACGUCACGCCUAUAGUGGAAGUAACAAAAGACAGGGAGGCUGCGCAGAGUCUUCGGACGAAUGUGAACAGCUUCGGCGAAGACGUGGCCAAAUACAAGAACAAGGUCUUAUGGAAUGAUACUCUUCAACGUCAUAUUGCAAAGGUUCUAGGGGAAGAGUAG